AUGGUCGACUAUAUCGCCGACUACCUGCAGCAGAUCAGGGACCGAAGAGUGUUUCCGGACGUCAAGCCUGGCUACAUGCAGAGCCUGGUUCCCGACGAGGCGCCCGCACGGCCGGACAAAUGGGAGGACAUCUUUGCUGACGUCGAGCGGGUCAUUAUGCCAGGGGUCACCCACUGGCAGAGUCCGUACAUGCAUGCUUACUUCCCGGCGCUCAACUCCUACCCGUCGCUACUCGGGGACAUGCUCGCCAACGCCAUCAGUUCUCUGGGAUUCACCUGGGCGUCCAGUCCGGCCUGUACUGAACUGGAGACCAUUGUGAUGGAUUGGCUGGGCAAGAUGCUAGGCAUGCCUUCCUGUUUCCUCCAUGGGGACAGACACAGUCGGAGCAUGGGAGGCGGUUGUAUACAGACUACUGCAAGUGACUGCACCUUCGUGACCCUGUUGGCGGCCAGAACCGAAGCCAUCAAACGCUACAAGGUGGGUCAGCCUGACCUGGAGGAUGCCGAAAUAAACGGCCGUCUCAUUGGUUACUGCUCAGAUCAGGCCCACUCGUCGGUGGAGAAGGCCGGGCUGAUCGGCCUGGUGAAGAUGAGGUUCCUGCACUCAGACGACAAUCUGAGCCUCAGAGGCGACAGCCUGCAGGAGGCCAUCACUGCCGACAGGGAGAGUGGUCUGAUUCCUUUCUACGUGUGCGCCACCUUGGGGACUACCGGUGCCUGCGCCUUUGACAACCUCAGAGAAAUUGGACCUGUCUGUGAGAAGGAGCGUUUGUGGCUACACAUGGAUGCUGCAUAUGCCGGGUCGGCGUUUAUCUGUCCAGAGUACCGGUCCUGGAUGUUGGGUAUCGAGUUUGCCGACUCGUUUGCCUUCAACCCCAGCAAAUGGCUCAUGGUUCACUUUGACUGCAGCGCUAUGUGGGUUAAGGACGCCACAGCUCUCCAUCGAACCUUCAACGUGGAACCGCUCUACCUGCAGCACGAGAACUCAGGUAAUGUCACAGCAUCACCACACUGGCAGAUCGCUCUCAGUCGCAGGUUUCGAUCGCUGAAGCUCUGGUUCGUCCUCAGGUGUUUCGGCGUGGAGGGUCUUCAGAAGCACAUCCGGAGGGGCGUGGAGCUGGCGAUGAAAUUCGAGGAUCUGGUGCGGUCAGAUCACAGGUUCGAGGUUUCUGCCCCUAGGCAUCUGGGCAUGGUGGUCUUCAGGAUUGCCGGAGCCAAUGAACUGACGGAGGAGCUGCUCAAGAGGCUCAACAAACAGGGCAAAGUUCACAUGGUGCCCGCCAGCCUCAAGGGCAACUACGUCAUCAGGUUUACCGUGACCUCACAGUUCACAACGGAAGUCGACAUUGAGAGGUCAAGAGUUUUCUAG